GGUGUGAGAAAGGAGGAGGCGCGUGGUGUGAGAAAGGAGGAGGCGCGUGGUGUGAUACGCGGCUCUGGUCUGAGUGCGCGUGUGUUGUCUGUGUGGAGGGGAAGCGCAACACACGUUGUGAUAUUCGCACUUCGAAACUGAGCUAGAACCAACUUUAUUUUCCCUUCUUUCGCUUUCCUCGAGCGGAGGAGGACGUCCCGGAGUCUUUGUUUUAGGAGUAAGAAGGCAAAUCCUCGGCUUUGAGGGAAUAAUGUCGGCGUCGGCAGCGAAAGUGAGCCGAAAGGAGCAGAACUCGAAUCACGACGGAGCGGACGAGACCUCGGAAAAAGAGCAGCAGGAGGCAAUUGAACACAUUGAUGAAGUACAGAAUGAAAUCGACAGAUUGAAUGAGCAGGCAAGUGAGGAAAUUUUAAAAGUUGAGCAGAAGUACAAUAAGCUACGUCAGCCAUUCUUCCAGAAGAGAUCAGAACUCAUAGCCAAAAUUCCAAACUUCUGGGUCACAACAUUCGUCAACCAUCCACAAGUCUCAGCCUUGCUCGGUGAAGAGGAUGAAGAAUCACUUCAUUACCUGACCAGAGUGGAGGUCACAGAGUUUGAGGACAUCAAAUCAGGUUACAGAAUAGAUUUUUACUUUGAUGAAAAUCCAUACUUUGAAAACAAAGUCCUCUCUAAAGAGUUCCACUUGAACGAGAGUGGUGACCCGUCUUCAAAAUCCACUGAAAUGAAAUGGAAGGCUGGAAAGGACCUGACGAAGCGCACUGGACAGACACCGAACAAGGCAGGGAAGAAAAGGCAACAUGAAGAGCCAGAGAGCUUCUUCACCUGGUUCACCGAUCACUCCGACGCAGGGGCUGAUGAACUCGGGGAGGUCAUUAAAGAUGACAUCUGGCCCAACCCUCUGCAGUACUACCUGGUUCCGGAUAUGGAUGAUGAAGAGGGUGAAGGUGAGGAAGACGAUGAUGAGGAAGAGGAGGAGGGUUUGGAGGACAUCGACGAAGAAGGGGACGAGGAUGAGGGAGAGGAAGACGAAGAGGAGGAUGAAGGAGAAGAUGGUGAGGAUGAUGGUGAGGAUGACUAAAGGCUGAUAAGGACAUAUUCCAACACUCGUAUCUGUUCUUUCCUUUUUGAAGUCAUUCUCCAGCCAUGGGAGCAAAAAGCUUUGUUUUUAUUAAUUUUAUUUUAUUUUUUUUGUGCUCUCUUCUGUUCUACUGAAGCCUCUCCUGUCCUGACCAUGUCUAAACCCAGUUA